ACGAAUAUAAAUCUAGGUAUAGCGACUCCGGUUUAAAUAGGGUUUUUGCCUGCAAAAAUUGAUGUAGGGAUGGCUGCGAUGGCGAGGAGCUGCGUACAAUCAAUAUUAAAGUUGGUGAACUCGGUGAAUGGGAUGGUUGGGCUGGCCAUGAUCUUGUACUCCUUGUGGUUGAUUAGAGCCUGGCAGAAGUGCAUCGGUUACUUGCCAUUUGAAGACUCUGAUUCUCCAACUAUACCUUGGUUCAUAUACAUUUUUCUUGGCCUUGGGGUUACUCUGUGUGUCAUCACAUGUUCAGGACAUAUUGCUGCAGACACUGCAAAUGGUUGUUGCCUUUAUUUGUACAUGCUGUUCCUCUUUUUACUCCUCAUGCUUGAAGCUGGAGUGACUGCUGAUAUAUACUUAAACCAUGACUGGGAAGAGGACUUUCCGGAUGAUCCAACUGGGAAAUUUGAUCAAUUCAAAACAUUUGUAAUGUCAAACUUGGACAUCUGCAAAUGGAUUAGCUUGUCAGUUAUAUGCGUACAGGGACUAACCCUUCUAUUGGCAAUGAUACUCAAAGCUUUUGGGCCACAUCAUGAUUAUGAUAGUGAUGAUGAUUAUGUUCCCGAGAGGGUUUCACUCCUGAAUCACCCACCUCCUUAUGUCAUUGGUGACCCUAUCUAUGGGUCAGAUGCUUGGCAUACAAGGAUCAACAAGAAGAUAUUUGGCAACAUAGGAUUCCACAUUUAUCGACCUGAGAUGAACCGUAUCUCUCAUUUGGCGGCUGUCACAGUUUUCGAUUGCUAAUUUGAGUUUACAAU